AAAAAAAACAGGGCUAGUAUUUGCCUGUAUAUUCAGAUUUCUGACAAAUUAAGUUAAAAAUAACUCAAUCAAAAAAAAAAAAGAAGAUCUGCAACAUGAAAAAGUAAUGAAUCUCAUUUUCUUCCUGACCAUAAAAGAAUGUAAAAUACACCAGUGAGUCAGAAACACAGUAGUUAAUGACAUUCAAUUAUUGACAUGAACAUGGGCAUGGACAAAAACCCUACUGAAUUUAAUCAAAGUGCCUUUUGCGGGAAACUUAUGUGUCUUUGAAAAAAUAAAAUCCAGGCCACUUUUUGACGCCUUAUGUCCUCAGUUGGAACAAAGGGUUUAGAAGAUGAGAGGCGCACGCUCUAGGGAAGGCAGGGGAAGUAAAAAAGAAAACAGAUUAACACACUUUCCCUCCAAGACAUUGACAGUGUUUCCUUUACCACAGCUACAGAAAGAUAAAACAGAAAUCUUAAUUGUUUAAAUUGACAGACUCGAAAUGUAUGUAUUUCUUAAGCCAUAAUACCAUUUAUACUCUAUUUUUCAACCUCAUUUUAGUCUGAGUCUGAGCCAAAAGAGCACACCAUCACUAGGUAACUAGACUGCAGGUACAAUAUGCUAUAUAAUUACACCCAAGGCAGCAUAGGAAGUAUUAACACAGCCUCAUUACUGCCACUGCUGUGUGGUUUGUUAUUGGUCACAAGACAGAGGCCAUUACAGCUGAGUUCGUAAUAGAAAUGUGUUUCAGAUGUGGGGCUGUAGAAAAACAUCCUCCAUUGUUGAAAUGAUUUUUGUUUCAAAAUGCCCUUGGCCAUCAUCUUAAGAUAGACUAGAGCUGCUACACUGAUAAUUGGAAUUUGUGUUAUUUACACCUUUGCCGAGACGACCAAGGGCACUCCGCUUCCUGAAAGCAGUAAAAUGAAACACUAUGAUCAAGGGUAAAUUUGAGAGCACACCUGAACACUCACUCAGGAAAAUGCUACUCCUGGGUAAUUAUAACUACAGUUGAAUAAUAGAGAGAGUGUGUUAUGAUGUUCUGUUUAAUGGUUUACUCUCCAAAUCGUCACAUAAAAGCAUUUUGAUUAGUUUGGAUUUUAUCUUAACAGCCACAGUUUCACAAUUUGAAUAAUUAUUACAUUAUAUAAACUGUAUUUGUAUGUCUGUUUUUAAAAUCAUUUGCUCUCAACAUCAUCUGCUUUUGGAGAAGCUUUUAAAGCAAGAAUGAAAAAUAAAAGGACAGUUCUGGUGGCCUAUAACUGAUGGGGUCAGUUUGUAACAGUAAUGUGGUGGGGCUCUGUCAUGGAGCCAAAGAUCUAGCAGUGUCUUUGGCUGCCAUACGGUUGUAAAGCUAUAAACCAAAAAUAUGACCUUAUAGGGGAGAGUGGGGUAAGAUGAGCCAUUUUUCAUAUUUCGGAUCACUACAUCAAGACAAUCAUAGUUUUGUCACUAACUAGUGAAUCUGCAUAUAUUUCAAGAUGUUGUGCAUCCCCGCAAACCAACAGAAUGAGUGUAAACAUGACUCUCUUGAUAAUAUAGCAUGCCAGAAAAAGUGGUCUCCUAUGGUUAACUUACCCCGUGUAUAGGGUAAGUUGAACUGUAUCCCUACUAUCCCCCACUCUCCACCCCAGCCCUCCAACAUUCAUGUAUAUUUUUAUCGAUUAUAUGCUAUUCAAUUAGUACAAUAAUUCUUAUUAUUAUUGAUUGAUUGAUCGAUUGAUUGAAGUUUAUUUAGAACAUAUAAAAAAUAAUAAUAAAAAAGUAAAGAAUACAACAACAAAUGGCAAAAAGUUAUUCAUGUUCAAAAGGGAGUGGGAAGAAGUAGAGACUUAUCUAGUCCCACCCCUUCUCCUACACUAUGGUUUAAAUAUAUAUCAUAAUAUUAUAUACUAAUCAUGAUUGUACAUCCCUGUAUUCCGUGAAAAAAUAUUAAUUAUAUUUUGUUUUAAAUUAUUGCAUAUAACUGUCAAAAAGCUGUUUUUUAAAAAGCCAUUUUAACAUGAGAAUGUAUUUAAGUCAUUCAGAACAUUUACAGCUGUAUUUUUGAAAAGAAAAAGUAAAACAUUUCAACAAUCUGAACUGAAACUCUGAUCCUCUCAUCAGACUCCUUUACUUUCUCAGUUGAAGCUAAAAUGGUGGACUUUUGUGCUAGGUUUUUGACUCAUAGAUACCACAAAUGAUGUAUAAAACAAAUUUAAAAUGAUCUUUUUUGGUCUGAAAUGUCUAACCCCUUCACCCAUGUGCUUCCAACCUUAACAUACUCCAUGAAUUGAUGCCCAUCUCCUAAAUAUUUGCUCACAUGAUCAAUUUCUUUUACCAUUUCCAAGAAACAGAGAGACGCUCAACUUACCCCACUCUCCCCUAUACUAGAUUUAGCAGGGUAACAGAGUUCAGCGGAACACCGGCCAGUAGGCGUCCUCAGUGCACCGCGUUCUGGUGGUCUCUGAGAGAGAAACUCACACAAGCGCAACGCAGUGAUAUUAGUACAAGUCUGUUGGAUUAAAAAGAUACCGAAUUUCAUCUUUAAAAGUAAAAUUAAACUGAAUAACUGUCGAGUGUUUGAACGGUUUGUAGUUUCAGCUAAGCUAGCUGAAUGAAUCUGUCUGCACGCUCACCUUGGCAACGGAAGUCGCGUGCCGUUGCUGUUGGUCAACUUCCUUAGCUGAAGCUAAACGCCGAUGCAGAACUCCGAUUUAGUGCAAUCUCGGUUUGUUGUGUGUCCGGCUGUGCAAAUCAGCAUUCCCCUACCAGCGCAUUGAAGUUUUACAGAUUCCCGUCAGGACGCUUGAGGUGUGAGGCAAACAGGAGACAGUUAUGGAUCCAGGCGAUCCAACAAGUGAACGGCAGCACCGAGGGACUGGAGGGGAAUGUCCGAGUCUGCAGCGCUCAUUUUCUAUCAGGUAAACAACAAAGCUGCUCCAAAUACUCCAACAGCAAACACUAUUACACUUAAAUCUCUUAUUGCAACCUAGGCUAUUGGUCAAAUGAGACAGAUUUGGCUACAAAUGAGACUGAAUCCAGUUUCUCACUCAACUUUCCCAUUCAUUAUUUCUGUUUUUAAGGAGAAGCAUCCAUGGAUUUGAACAGUCCUGACUUCGUACCCUCUGUCUUUAAGUGUGCCAAACAAAACCCUAAAAGAAAACCAAUGUGGUAAGAUGUGAAACAUAUAUUAGAAAGUUCCUCGCUGCUUUGAAACCACAGAAAUACCAGCAUAAACAUUUAAAGUUUUUUUAACUAACAUAAUGCAAAUUGAAUUUAUACCAGUUAUACACUAUUUUGUCAUGCAGUUUUUUAGGUUGUGAGAUCAUUUGACUUUAACUCUAUUUAUGUAGAAAUGAAGUGAAAUAAUACUGAAAUAUUUACCUGAGUUUGAUCAGUGUGUAAGUUACCUGAAAUAACUGGCUUAUGUGGAUCUAGCCCUGAUAUACUGUAUAUUCUAGUGAUGUGCAUGCUGCUUGAUUUUAUUGUAAGGAAAUACAUUGUAGAUCAAAUAAUGCAAAAGACAAAUUUAUUUUAAAAAGAGCGCUGCAGAAUAUAAUAAUAGAAAAACAAUUGCAGCUUGUCCUCUGCACGCUUAAAUAGUGAGUGUCUAUGACAAAAAUCUCACUGUGUUGACUUUUGACAGUCAAAUGUCUCAUUUAUUAUGAAUGUUUCAUGUGUAAAUCAUAAACAGGGCUGUUUCCUCAGCUGCUUGACUGACACCUACCCCCUCACUCCAGUUUCAGGCAGCAAAGACACACAUAUUAAAAUCAUUAAUCAUGAUGCUGAUGGCCUCAAUUACUUUUGGAUAUCAUUAAAAGGCAUGAAAAUACAUUUCAGCCUAUUUCAUGGAUGUCAAAAAACUCCAUAUAAGAGCUUUAACUAAGCUGAACAAUUAUGCAGUUGUGCAGCUUUUAUAGCUUUUUUGUAGCAAUUAUAGGUGUUACAUUUAUUAAAUACUCCAAAAAGUUAAUUUUAAGUAUUUUUCCGAAGGUAUAGGGGUCGUAGAAAAAGGAGGUUUCGCAGAGUUAAAGCUGAAACUGAAGACACAAAAACUCAACCCAAAGAUGAUUUUCCUGAGGAAAUACAAAGACCAUCAUCACCGCCCAAGGUAGUGAUCAUUUCAUACUGUGAAUGCCUACAGAAACUUAAAAUUUUUACAUUUCAAUCAUUUAAUACUUUUGAUCAGUAAGCAAACAGGUUUACUCUGCGUCUGUUUCGCAGGAAGAAAAACUGUCGUCUAUAGAGAGUGAGACUGAGGCUGAAACUGUAACGAAAACAGUCGAACCUCAAACAUCAUCCUGCCUAAACAAGGAACCACCAUCAUUUAAGGAACCAGCAGAUAUCCUAGAACAAGACAGAAGAGUUCCCAUCGUCCUCCUAAAACGUGUUUUUACACCAGUUCAGGGGUAUCAGUGUCAGCUGUGCAGUCAGUACUACGCUGAUCUGUCACAGUUCUUACAACACGAACUGCUGCAUCAAACAGGAGAAGUCUUAAAUGAUGACAGCAGUGAGGAGCUCUGUACAAGUCAGACUGAUUUCACCGAGGUCCAGCAAGUCCAAGAGCCUUCUUUUCCGUGCAACAUGUGUGACCGAUCCUUCACUUCAACUCAUCACCUCAAGCGUCACAAACUGCUGCAUGUCAAAGAUGGCAGGAAGUGCAACAUAUGUGGAGUGAUCUUCUGUCAGCGUCAUAACCACGUGUUAUUCCUGCCGCAGACUGAGACUGUGACUGAGUUCGAAGAGGAAGACGAUCCCUCUAGCAUCGAGCCUGGAAACAGUUUGCAGGAGAGCUUUGAAUCAAAUGGCCAAUCUCAGAGCGCCAUUACUGUAACACCCCCGUUAACUACAUCUCCACAGACUGUACCUUCUCCACCUAAAAACCCCACGCCUCUUCCCAAAACCCUGCCGCGCCUCCCUCCACCUUCACACACUAGACUCUUUACAAAAAUGCCUUUACCAGUAUUAAAAAAGCCUUAUUCUGGAUCUUACCACAUGCCCGGCUACUCGAAAUGCCCAAUAACAUCAUUUGAGUUCAAGAAACCCCUGCCCCCCCAGCCUCCAACCGUCACUCAACACAGCCUCCCCCAAGAUAUAGAACUCCCUCCAUCACUGCAGAUGUUUUCACCAAAGUUCCUCACCUCGACAUUCUUAGAGGUGACAAGAAAUUAUGAGUAUAUUUUAAGCAAAGCCAGAGAUGUUCGGAAAGAGGAGAAGGAAAGAGAUGAUGAAGUGCUGCUGAUUUCUCCAGAAGUUCAGAGUGCGGAGCCUGACAAAGACAAAAGUGACUCUUCUGACCUGGAUGUUGUCUCCUGAUUGUCUUCUGAGCUUGGGGAGUACUGUGCCAUCACAUGCGAAAACAUUGAAAAUGAAAGUCUUUAAUACUAAACAAAGAAAAAUAUGAGUACGUUUGUUGGAUGUUUACGCUACAAUAAGACUGUUUUUUGCUGCUUUUUGGUUGAGGUCAUAUAUAUUUUUUAAUAUCAGAAACAUUUAUGUACACUGUGAAUGUAAAGCACCACGUCUCCGUCAGUUCCUGUGAAGUUCAGCACAACUUUGUAUUUUAACCUCCAUCCCUUGACUAUAAAUGCUGCUUUUUAGGAAUAAUUCUUAUAUCUAGGAUGCUCCUUCAUCAUACUGACUGUUUACUUGAUAGUAUUUUAAAAGAUAUGAUUGUAUGUUCUCAAAACUGAUGGUGUCCCUAAAAGUAUUAACCACUAUUUCUCUCCUGCUGCUGCACUGUAGCCACCACUGACCCUUAAAACUGUGUGAAGAGGCACAAGUCAUAUCAAUGAAUGUUAUUGUAUGAAUAUGUUCAUUCAAAACUCUACCUCCUAAUAAGUUGCUUUGUGUUUUUCAUUUUUGAAAGCUAAAAUUGAGAUUUUGUUGAAUCUAUGUUGAAUUUAUAUUUGUAACUCCAUGAAAAAACAAUAAAGUGUUAACAUAACAUCUGUUUUUCACUGAGACAAAGUAAAUAAAACAUAUUGAACGAG